AUGGCUAGCCUUGACGAGAAGCGCAAGAAAGAUGAAGAGCAAAGUCUCCUCGGUGACUCGCUAGAGCCAGAGUACCACGACGUGCAAUUUCUUCAAGGGAAAAUGCGUCUUCGCGUCAUCCGGCGCUUGGCGCUGCUCCUGACUCUAGUCCUGCUUGCGGCCGGGUAUGCUCUCAUCGGGUGUCUUGAAGACUCCUACGGGGCCGCCAUGAAAGAUGAGGACUCCACAGCGUUCUUCGCAUCAGACGAAUCGCCGGGUCAUGCCAAUCGGGCCACGCACCCGUGUGACACUGUCAAUGGCGGCUACCAAUGCUUCUCUGAGCUGCCACAUCGCUGGGGUCAAUAUUCCCCCUUUUAUUCGCUCGCCCACGAAGGCGUGUCGAACGAAGUGCCCCAAGAGUGCAAGCUCACAUUUGUCCAAGUCUUGUCUCGCCAUGGUGCGCGAUACCCAACGGCAUCGAAGGGCAAAAAGUAUACAUCGCUCAUCCAGGCCAUCCAGGCCAAUGCGACGGCUUAUCGCGGCCAAACUGGAUUCUUGCACUCGUAUAACUACACUCUGGGGAGCGAUGACCUCACGAGCUUUGGCCAGGAUGAGAUGGUCAAUUCGGGCAUCAAAUUCUAUCAGCGCUACGCUAGCUUGACCCGAAACCAUGUCCCUUUCAUUCGAUCGUCCGACUCUUCGCGGGUCGUCGCGUCAGGGGAACUGUUCAUUCGAGGAUACGAAGACUCCAAAUUGCAAGACUCAGCCGCAGACCACGAUCAAGCCACUGCCGCUAUCAGCGUGCUGAUCUCCGAGGAGCCCGGCGCUAACAACACCCUCAACCACAACACGUGCGCAGCCUUUGAAGCCAACAAACGUGGAGACCAAGCUUCAAGCCAAUAUGCCGCGCUCAUUGCUCCCCCCAUCGCCAAACGCCUCCAACACUCUCUUCCCGGAGUCCGCCUCAGCGACAACGACGUGAUCAGCCUCAUGGACAUGUGCCCAUAUGACACAAUCGCAUCCACCAAGGACGCAACCCACCUCUCCCCAUUCUGCUCCCUCUUCACCGAAGCCGAAUGGUCCCAGUACAAUUACCUCCAAUCCCUGGGUAAAUACUACGGCUACGGCGCCGGCAACCCGCUCGGUCCCACCCAAGGCGUCGGCUUCAUCAACGAACUCAUCGCCCGCAUGACCCAGACCCCCGUCAACGACCAUACCACCAUCAACCGCACCCUGGACGCCCCCGGCGCAGACACAUUCCCCGUCGACCGCGCCAUCUACGCAGACUUCACCCAUGACAACGGCAUGAUCCCCAUCUUCUUCGCCAUGGGCCUGUAUAACGGCUCGGUGCCGUUGCCUUUGGACCGAAUCGUGUCUGCGGCCGAGGCAGAUGGGUAUUCUGCGUCUUGGGCGGUGCCCUUUGCGGCGCGCGCGUAUGUCGAGAUGAUGCUUUGUGGACGGGAGACGGAGCCGCUGGUGCGGGUCUUGGUGAAUGAUCGCGUGGCGCCAUUGAAAGGGUGCCAGGUUGAUCGAUUGGGACGGUGUAGGAGGGAUGACUUUGUGAAUGCGUUGAGCUUUGCUCGUGAUGGGGGAGAAUGGUCAAGCUGUGCCGUGACUUCAAAUUGA